UAUAAAACACAGUGUUUCCUUGGUAGAGGAGACAUUUGAAUAGAGCCCUGGACAUGACUCUUUCUAUUUAUGUCCUAUUUUUGUCCAUUUGGACAUACAGCUGUUUGACUACAAACCAAACUGAUGAGCCUCCAACUAUAGCAACAAGGCAUACCGAAUCCAUGGAAAUGAAAAUGGACAGUUUCAGAAAACGCCUGCUGGUUAUCGUAAUUGGUAUUAUGAUUAUUGCUUUUGUCUUUACCUGUUCCUGUUUCUUCCAUUAUAACUGUACAAGCGAAGGAGAAACGGGCAAGAAGGAAAAUGUAACAGCCAAUCCAAUGAAAAUACCACUCACUGAGUCCAAGGCAAUCAGUCCAGUCAAUGCAGAAAAACCACUUAUGCUAUUAGGUAUGGACAAGUUACCUGUGCCCUCUAUUGCAGAAAAGUCAUCCAUGCACUCCAGUGUAGAAAAGACAAACAGGCCCGCGAGCCCCGAAAAGUCAUCCAUCCCCUCCAGUGCAGAAAAGCUAAUCAGACACUCAAGUUCAGAAAAAUCAUCUAUACCAUCUAGUGGACAAAAGCUAAUCAAGCCAUCAAGUAGAGCUAAGUCCUUUAAGUCACCAAACCACAAAAAAUCAUACAGAGGACCCCAGCUAGACAAGAAAUAUAGAAAACACAAUGUAGACAAGUUCUAUAAGAAAUCCCACACAUAUAAGCCAGUCAGUCCUUGCUAUCCAGAUAAGAUAACCAGACCACUUUCUCCAGCGAAGCCAACAAAGCCACUUGGUCUACCCUCUCCUCAAGAUCAAACCUCACCGCUAAAGAUAUCUAAUUUCCAGAAAUUGACCAAGCGUCCCAGAAAUCGUAAUCUAAAACGACCGGGUAGUACACAUAGAACAGACACACUGUUUAGGCCUGAAUUAGCUGUGUCUUGUCAAUGCUACAAGGAAAACUGCCUUAUUUGUAGCACUCUUUGUGAGCCCUUGAUCAAUGAUACUUCUGAGGCAGUGAAGAAAGAUUCUCAAAACCUGUCUUUUUCAAGUAAAGUGAAGUCUUUUUCCAGACCUUUUCACAAAGUAGAGUUUAGUGAUAAUGCACACAUGAGUGACAGUGAUAGUAAUGAUGACAGUGAGAGAGAGAUAACCAUCAUUUGCAACAUACCACAUAAAGAAAUCAUCUUUAAAAGCACUCGAAAUAAUUAAAAACCAUCAAUGAAGAAGCAAGCUUAUACCAAACUUAUGCUUAUCAUCCUUUAAGAAACUGAUAAUGAAGAAAAUCUACUUGUGAUCACUGUUGAAAUUAGUCCUAUCCAUCUUAAAGACAAUCUACUUGAUAAACAAUAAUAAAAUGCAUGA